CAGGACCCUUCUGUCCACAGGCCGACGCUCUAUCUGCUGAGCCACCGGCCAGGACAGGCCUUCGGGAUCGUGAGCAGCUUCUGGGUUCUCCCCGCCUCCCGCCCAGGCCAUGGCUUUCUACCCGCUGCAGGUGGCGGGGCUGGUGCUGGGCGUCCUGGGCCUGGCCGGGGCUCUGGCCACCACGCUCCUGCCCCAGUGGCGCGUGUCCGCGUUCGUGGGCAGCAACAUCAUCGUCUUCGAGAGGAUCUGGGAAGGGCUGUGGAUGACCUGCGUGCGGCAGGCCCGGACCACGCUGCAGUGCAAGCUCUACAGCUCCCUGCUGGCCCUCUCCUUGUUUUUGCUUUUGCCCCCCGUGCUGGAGGCCGCCCGGGCCCUGGGGUGCGUGGCCGUGGCCCUCGCCCUCACGGCCCUGCUCGUGGGCAUCUGUGGCCUGAGGCAGGUCCAGUGCACGGGCUCCGACGAGAGGGCCAAGGCGUACUUCGUGGGGGCGUCCGGGGCCCUCCUCCUCCUCGCGGGCCUCUUCGUCCUCAUCCCCGUGUCCUGGACGGCCCACAUCGUCAUCCGGGAUUUCCACAACCCCGCCGUCCACGUGGGACAGAAGCGCGAGCUGGGGGCUGCGCUCUUCCUGGGCUGGGCCAGUGCCGCCCUCCUCCUGGCCGGAGGGGCGGGUGAGGGCUGCCUCACUCUGCAGCUCAGGGGCUGCAAAGCCCGGCCAGUGCUGGCCCUGAACAUCCCCCCCAGCGGCUGCUCCGUGGACGGGAUGGAGAGCUGGUCCAAGGAAAUCCCCUUCUCAACCCGGGCGGUGGCGGUGACGAUGACUGUGCUGCCCACGGAGGGCGGCUGGGGGCACCUCCUCUCACAGCGUCACGACCCGCCAUGA